AUGGGAACUGGGAUAGUCUCAGUUCUCCUUCACAACCUGCCUUACAAUGAAACGUGGAUCUCACAUGGUCUUGCCGUUGCCUUUUUCGUACUCAACAUCGCUCUGUUUACCGUAUUCACCGUCAUCACAGUGCUACGGUACGCAAUGUACCCCGAGAUCUGGAAGGCCAUGGUUGUACACCCUGCCCAGUCUAUGUUUCUUGGCUGUUUCCCUAUGGGGUUUGCGAUCGUAGUCGCAUCUUCAACCGGCGGCAUCGUCGCCGAAGCCCUCUCAAACCCAUCUCACGCCUUCACAACCCUGAUCGCGUCCUACGUGCUCUGGGGCAUCGGCAUCUGCUUCUCGGGCAUGGUCCUCGCGCUGUACUUCCACCGCCUGACGAUCCACAGCCUCCCGCCCAAAGAGGCCAUCGUCUCCGUCUUCCUGCCCAUCGGCCCCCUGGGCCAGGGCGGCUUCGGCAUCCAGCAGCUCGGAAAGGUGUCCCUGAAGCUCUUCCCCCAGACUGCGGCUCUGACCGUGGCGGCUCCGGGUGCGGUGCACGGCGGGGAGAUUCUCUACUUUGUCGGGCUCUUCCUGGCACUCGUCAUGUGGGGCUUCGCGCUCGUCUGGUUGUCGUUUGCUCUCAUUAGCCUUGCUACGAUGGAGAGAAUCCCUUUCAACAUGGGUUGGUGGGGGUUUACGUUUCCGCUGGGCGUGUUGGCGACCUGCACCGGAAUGCUGGCCCAAGACUUGGACAGCCCCUUUUUCAGGGUCAUGACCAUGGUUUGUCUCCAUCUCGUUCUUGUCGAUGAAUAUCCGCCCGGUUUUGCUGAUUUCUCCCGACAGAUCUUCUCCCUCUCCGUAUGCUUGCUCUGGCUGCUGGUUGCAGUGAGAACACUUCACCAGGCCAUUUCUGGUGAAAUUUUCUUUGCGCCGUGUCUGAAUGAUAUCCGAGACAAGCAAGCGCAAGCUGAAUCGGACCGGAGGGUUUGA